AUGUCUCGCGUUUCUCGGGGCAAGCGUCCUGCCGCUCCCUCCGCCCCCUCGGAAGAGGAUGAGACGGAGACAGGUUCCCCGCCUACGGCCAGCGACUACGACACCGAAUCCUCGAUCCGAGCGCGGCCUCGUCCGCGAACGAGUUUACAUAGCAACGGAGUCAAGACGGAACCCGCCGCCCUUCCUAACCCGAGUUCGACGGUCGCGAACGGCACGUCGGGGGCCGGACAUGAUGACAAGUUUAAGCCUGGGUCUGUUCUCCUCAACCGGGCCGAUAAAAACUACGUGAUCCGACUACGGAUUCGGCGCGAGAACAAUGCCCAAAAAUUUUGGCUAGACGGGAGGGAGGUCCCGCAAAAGAAGAUCCAAACCCUUGUGCGGAACCUCAAUAUCCAAGUUGACAACCUUUGCCAGUUUCUUCCACAGGACCGGGUAGCGGCCUUUGCUGGUCUCGGAGAAGUGCAGCUGCUGGACGAAAUGCUACGAGCGGCCGCCCCUCCCAAGGUUAUACAAUGGCACCAGCGUCUCAAAGAACUCUACAAGGACCAAGCUGAAGUCCAGAAGCAAGUUAGGGCGGACAGUGAAAGGCUGGACGGCCUACACAACUCCCAGCGCAACAUGCAGGCCGACGUGGACAGGGUCAAGGAUCGCGAGGCUGCCCAGCAAAGGCUACAGCUCCUUCAAGCAGCUCUCACCGCCGCUCAAUAUACAGAGGCCGCCCAGAAGUUCCGUCAAGCGAAAGAGGACAAGCAACGAUCGGCGGCUAGGGUAAAGGAGCUCGAAGAAGAAAACGAACCAUCGCUCAAAGCCGUAACCGACCGCCAAAGGUACCAAAACAAUGUUGCCGCCGCCGUUGAAUCGCGGAAAACCGCCCUUCACCGAGCCGAACGGACAGCCGAUGAGCUUUUAGUUGACUUGAAACUCACAAAAAAGAAGGCUGUCGUUGGCGAGAUCCGUCGCAAAAUCAACCAGCUUGAGGCCCAAAUGAAGAACGAGCCGCCCAAGUUUGAUUCUUCGGAAUGGAACCUGAAAAUUCGAGAGCAAGAACACAUCGCAAGAGAUAUGCAAGUGCAAAUGAAUGACUUUAACGUUAAGCUUGACAACAUUAAAAGGGAGAUGGGUGAGAAGAAAGUCCAGAAUGAGAGGUUGAAGCAGCAAAUUGAAGCUCUCGGCACCCGGCAAGGAAAGCAACUCUCCGCGCUGAGAAGUCUGGACGCGGAUGCGGCCAAAGCAUACGAGUGGCUACAGCAGAAUAAGGACAAGUUUGAGAAGGAGUACUCCGACCAGAUUCAAAGCCUCCUUCAGAAACGAGAUCUUGUAUGCUUCACCGCACAGACAAAGUCGGACCAGGCCAAGCUCAGCCACCACUUCAUCAAAGAGAUGGGCCUCUCAGUUUCCCUCCGCUUGUUCCGGGGAUCCAUGGAUGAGUUUCGGCCGUCGGUGAAAGCCAGCGAUCUGGGUUUCGACGGGUUCGCCGUUGAUUAUCUCGAAGGGCCCUCACUUCUACUCGCUCAGUUUUGCUCAACGAGCCAGCUACACAGAGCAGGCAUCUCUUUAAAGGAGCUCAGUGAUGAGCAAUACCAGCGACUUGAUGCACAGGAUUACGUUAAUUCAUGGACAGCGGGGAGACUUCAUUACAAACGGACGCACCGAAAGGAAUACGGAGACGCAGGGAAGUCAACAGUGACCAAAGACAUCAGGCCCGCGGCAUUCUGGAAAGACCAGCCCGUAGACUCUGGUGAAACAGAAGAGCUUCGGCUUCGGCAGAGCGAGCUUCGACAACAAUUUUCCGAACUAACCGACCAGAGGGAGCAAUUGAAGGAAAAGAUUGACGGCAUUUUCCAAGAACUUGAGGGAGCCCGGACAAAACUGGAACAACUGAAAGAGGAGAAGGGCGGACUUCAAGCGCAGUACACCAGGUGGAAGGGCAUACCGCUCAAGAUUGGUGAGAAGGAUAACCUCCUCUUCCUUAGGGGCAUCGGAGCGGUUCGAGCAGCCCACAAGGACUGGGUCGACGCUUCAGUGUGCCUGAUCGAGGCCAGGUCAGACGUUGCAGGCCUUCAAGAGAGGUCCCGAGCCAUCAUUGAACAGUGUGAGGCCGAGCGACAGAAGCUGGAAGCCGCGCAGGCAGUCGAGAGGGAGAGCAAGGCUGAGGCAAGGCGGCUCAAGGACGUCAUUCUUCAGUUGCAGCAGCAAUUCGGCGAAGAGUUCACACAGCUGACUGUAGGAAAGACGUCGAGCGAUAUCGAGGAUGAAAUCGCUGCGGAAGAAGAGAGGCUCGGCAUGAUCUCUGACGUGCCUCAGAACACGCUUCAAAAAUACGAUCAAAUCGUAGCAGCUCUUGCCAACGUUGAAAAGCAACUAGAGGCCGGGCGCAGGAAGAUUGACGUACUGGGCUCGGAGAUUGGCGAUUUACGGCACAGGUGGGAGCCUCAUGUGGAUGAGCUCGUGGACAAGGUCACGGAAGCUUUUGGAUACAAUUUCCAGCAGAUAGGGUGUGCUGGGGAGGUUCGCCUUCACAAGGAUGAAGACUUUGAGAAGUGGGCUCUGCACGUCAUGCGCACCGUGGCCACGGCCUUCUUUCUGCUAGCGCUCCAGGGCAGCGCGCAGGCGCCGUUCCGGGUGGUGGACGAGAUCAACCAGGGCAUGGAUCCGCGCAACGAGCGCAUGGUGCACAACCGCAUGCUCUUGACGGGCCUCCGAUACGACGAGGGCAUGACGGUGCUGUGCGUUGCCAGUGGAACGCACAUGCCGGAGGAGACGGAGAAGCUGCACCUCGCAGAGUGUCUCAAGCUCCAGAAGCAGAUCCUAGCAACAGCUGCUGCGUAG